CUACGGGGAUGGUGGCGGGAUUGGAUGACGAGGACGAGGAGCGAGCCGAAAACGAAAUUGCAAGCUGACAUUUUUAAUUAAGAUAAAUUAAAACAUAACAGAUGGAAAUCGGAUUGAUUUCUUCGUAUUGGUUACAGGCAACAGACAACACAUUGGAUGUCAGAGAAGGGUCCAAGAACACGCUCAUUAGUAAGUUGAAAAGCUGCCACAAAAGUUAUUUAAAACAGUUAUUCGCGCUGAAAAAAUGACUAACAUGACACACUCCGAGACAUAUUUAAAUACUAAAAUGCAAAAUAAGAAGCUCAUAGCUCUGUAUAGAAAAAGUUGACAUGUAAACGUCAUAUUUAAGACCCGCCCCUUAUGUAAAUUACCCUCGGUAUCCGGAAAUUAAGGAUCUCGUGAUGUCAGGGGGUUGUGUGUUAGCAGAGCAUCGGAAUGAGGCGAGUGACUUUCUGCUUUAAGAAAUAAAACAGUCCAGUCGCCGAUCUUUUUUUUUACUAUUUAGAAUAGCUGGCAACUUUCGACAUGGGACUAUAAACGCGGAUGUACUGUCGGUGGAUGUAUUCGUCGGCAUGGACGGUAAUGGGAAGUCUCUCGUCGGACCUAACGGGAUGCCAUUCAGUUAGCCGUUCAGGAGUCAAAAGUUAAGAUUGGUUACCUCAAGCUAGCUGGCCGGCUAGUAAAAGGUUUCGUUUGAAUACCUCACCAUAAGUCACAUAUGCUUGUCUUGCAAAGUAAACCCGGAGUCAUGACACGCCCGACCCUGGAGCGAGUGACGGACUUUAGCGACUAUACGUGUGGUAGCGAAUUACACGAAUUUUUAAAGCAGACCAACACUAAUAACCGAGGCACAAACAAUCUGUCAGAUGUGCGCCUCAGUCCAGAUGGGCGUCACAUUCAUGUCAUUCUCCGCCAGCCCAAAGUCGGUCUGCUGACAUUCGACAAAUAUGAAACACCACAGAUCAUCCCGAACCAAAAGCGUCUGGACCUGCGUUUGACGCGCACCUCAUCGAUAGUGGACAUCAUUUAUUUGGACCACAACAACAACAGGAACGCUGACAUCGCCACGCUCGUCGUUGUGUACGAGAAUGGCAAAGCCGAGUUCUGGAAAUUUCAGGAGUGCAAAGCGGGCUGGCAGCUCCUCCAGACGUCGGACUUGUGUAACAGCCCCCGCGCCAGAGUGGUGUCUGUGUCGUCCUGCGCCAACCUUAUCAUCUGGUGUGAGGAAAGACCGCACUCUGAAAGCUCUCCGUCUAUCAGCGCCACCAGGAAUAACUUCAGAUACUGCAUUUGCAAGCGUGCCUACGAGGUGGAGGAGGGGGGUGUGAUUUUGGGAGGGGUGAAGAUCGCCCUGCACAACAACCCCAGCUUCACCGUCAUCACCUCGGGUGACCAUGUUUACCUGCUGCCCGCCGCGCUGCAGGAGAAGCCGCUGCUGAGCGUCUCUCGGUGUCUGCUCUCGUGGUCGCCGCAGCGGGACGCGUUCAGGGUGUGCAGCACGUGUAAAGGCGCUUUGCUGUUGAAGAAAGACUCCUCCUCUUCCCCUAAAGAAACAGACUUCAAACGAUUGGUGAUGGAUUGUUUAGGUUACCUAUCGUCGCUGCACCCCCCCGAGAUCCACGGGUUCUCCCCGGCCGCGUGCGGGGGGCUCCUGCUACUGCUCAGCACUGGCUGGGUGACCCUCCUGCAGAGAGACGGCGCCCUGAGGCCCGUCUACCGCCCGCCCCCCCGCCCCCCCACGCCGCCGCACAGCAGCCUCCAGGCGUACGGGGACACGCUGGCGCUGGCGGCGGGCCGGACGCUGUACCUGGUGGAGCUGCGCUGCGGCCGGGAGCUGCAGCGGAUCCCCCUGAAGGGAGACGGCCUGCUGUACGCCCACCGGGCGGACCGACGGGCCCCCCGCCUGCUGCUGGAGACCGGGCUGUACCUGGUGGCGCGGCGGCCGGAGGAGGGGGAGGCGGAGGGCGGGGGCCGCCUGGUGGAGGCGGUCUUCGAGGAGGCGUGUACGUACUACCAGAGACGCAGCCUCAGCAGCACCCAGCUCACCGUGGACAAGCUGAAGAAGGCGGGCAUGUUCCAGGCUCCCAUCUCCCUGGCGACCAUCCUCAAGGACUACCUACGGGACGGGGGCGGGCUCAAGGCGGGGGCGGGGCGGUCCGACGGGGGUCCUCCCCCGGGCGCCGGGGGGCAGGACAAGCUGCUGGGCUCCCUGGAGGCGGAGCUGAAGGCCCUGGUCUCGCUGGAGGAGGUGAAGGGGGCGUUGGUGCAGGCCGGGGAGGAGGAGGUGGGGGCGGUCUGCCAGAGCCUGGUCCACCAGGAGGUGGGCCGGCUGCUGACGGCGGCGGAGCUGGAAGGCCAGGCCCUCCUCUACCUCAACGCGCUCUUCAGCCGGUUCCCCCCGGAGGCCUGGGCGGCGCUGCAGGCCGCACUGCAGCUCCAGUGCAACGGCUCGGGGGCCCUCUCCAGCCGGGCCCCCCCCGAGGUGUGGAAGACCGUCCUGGCCCCCGCCCACCUCCCCGGCCCCCCGGCCGACCCCGCCUCUCUCACCGGCAGCCAGCCCGAGAACAGGCACCCGCUCAAGGCCGCGGCCGGCCCCCCGGCCCCGGGCCCCCCCCUGGCCGUGUUCGAGCUCCUGUGCCGCACGGUGCUCCGCUUCAGGGCGGGCUGGCUGCCGGGGCUCCUGGAGCUGGCCCACCUGAAGCAGGGCGUGGGCGGGCUGGGCGUCGGCCUGGCCUCCUCCUGGAGCUCCGCCCCCGGCCGCGGCGGGGCGGAGAGCGGGGAGGCCGCCGUGCCGCUGUACAAGCGGGCCCUGUCCGUCCUGCACAGCCAGGGGCCCGGCGCGGACCCCCACCAGAGCCAGGACCUGGAGGUGGAGCUGCUGCUGGUCAGCGGGCGCCCCAACGCGGUGCUGCAGGCGCUGAGGAACCUGACGCGGCGCGGCCAGUGGGCGCGGGCCGCGCAGGUGGCCCAGAGGUUCUGCCAGCAGAGCCCACUGCUCAACAAGGAGAUCUUCGCCUCGCUGCUGUGCGAGGUGGCCCAGCACCGGGACCUGGACCCCUACCUGGACCUGCUCUGGGCGCUGUGCCCCGAGGACCUCACCGUCACCAGCAUCCUCAACCUGGUGCUGAAGAACGUCCCCGCCCCCAACGCCCCUCCCCUCCCCUCCUGCUCCCCCCUCUCCCCCUCCUGCUCCCCCCUCUCCCCCUCCUGCUCCGGCCUCCCGUCCCCGUUCCCCCCGCCCCACUCCACGGAGCUGACGGUGGGCCUGCUGAAGCCCCUGCUCAGGAAGGUCCUCCAGAGAGAGACCAAGCCCAGGCAGCGCUACGCCGACAUCCUGCAGUCCCCCGUGUUCCCCCCGGCCGCACCCCCACGCCAGCCCGCCGAGACGCAGCCCUCAGGGCAGCGGAACGGGGGGCCGCAGCCCCGGGCGACGGCCCCGGGGGCCCCCCACACAGACCCCCCCCAGUGGGGCAGUGACCCCACGGCCGUCCCCACCCCACGGCCGCUGGAACGCGACCCACUCGGAUGCAAGGGGGGGCUCCCGCUGCCCGCGAGUCCGUACCGGCGCGCGGCUAGCGGCGUCCGUCUGGAGGAAUGAGGGGGCGGGUCCCGGCGUCCGUCUGGAGGAAUGAGGGGGCGGGUCCCGGCGUCCGUCUGGAGGAAUGAGGGGGCGGGUCCCGGCGUCCGUCUGGAGGAAUGAGGGGGGCGGGUCCCGGCGUGUGGGGAAACGUUCGAGCUGUUCUGCUUGGGCAAUGAAGUCUGUAAAUCCAUUUUGUACAAUUAAAUGUAUUCUCAUUUGGCUUUUGCUGUAACAAGAAUACGACAAUCAAAGUCAAAGAGUGAACAAAAGUCACUUCCCUUGAUGAUGACUAUUUAUAGUUGAAUGGUGUUUUUUUUAAUAUAUAUUAUUUUUAGAAAUGGAUGAAAGAACUGACAGUAACACCUGUUUUGCCAUUGCUGAAGACUAUCACUAAUGCUAAGAACAGUUAUGACUACUAUUGCCUAGUGAACGACUACUGGAGCUCAGUGUGUUCUGUAUACUCGUGGUACUUCACUCUCAAUCAGAGUUAAUAUACAAGAGACGUUAUUUAGACUUUAGAGGUUAAAGCAUGCACGAGAGUGAGGAACGAGAUGCAUAAGGUGUUAAUGAAUAGCCAUUAUCAAAAGACGAAUAGUAAUAUAUUAAAAUGAUGCGUGGAGGAAGGAAUGAACUACCUUGUUCCUCGUUGUGAUUCAGUGCAAAGUGUGUUCCUUAACAUAUGAAUAUUAAUAAGCAGUAGGCUUUAUUGUUUUGAGAUUUGGUAAAUUGCCUUCAGGAUCAACUUUGCUUACUCUCACCGCUCGUAGUGAUUUCCUCAAUCUUAAAUUAGUUUUAAAUGAAAUAUGAAGGAGGGUUUAUAGCUAUCCAAUAGUUGUUACUCCUAAUUGAGUGAAAGUUUUUUUUUUUCCUAAUGUCUUUCCAACAGCUCAAACAUUAACCAACUGAGUCGCUGUGAAGCUGACCUUUGUUUUUACGGCCACCAUCACCUCAGUAAUCCACGCUCAGCUCUCCACUAUCAUUUCCUCCAUUCUCUGCUUCUCUUCUUCUCUUGGGCCUCCAUCUUGUCCCGCCACCCAAAGGGACAUUCCAGUGGCAGAGCCACCCGAGCGGCGCACGCUCUGCCCUUAAAGUCACAUUUCCAGAGUAAUUCUGUUAGUCUCUUUAAGUAGGGGAAGGGCAGCGCACGUUGUGAUACAUGACACACACACACACACACACACACACACACAGGGUGCGUAUCUCGUCUAGUUCAGGCCUUGAGGCUAAUAUUGUAAGAGAUGUCGGACCUUUCGUUGGGGCUCGCUGUCGAUCGUUCUACAGUUUGAAACUAUGUACUUUGCCGUCGCAAAUUGGUCCAAACCAGUAUUAACUCCUUCCUAACCAAAGUAUUGUGCGCCAUGGCUGCUGAGUUAAACAUGCAACAUACAUGUGUAUGAUAAAAAAUAUAAAUAUGUACAUUAAGUACUGUAAACCAGAAUGCUUGUCGGUGCCUCGGAUGUUGAUGCCUUUAUGCUAUAUUUCUAUUACAAUCUUUUCAUACUUUUUUGCUGAAGGUUUACUAAAUCUUAAUUAAUACUGCCUUAUGUGAAGCUUGGUUUUAUAAUAAGAAAACUGUCUUGGAAAAAGUGUUAUUUAUUUGAAGAAUAAGAAACGCUGGGGUGCCCAGCUCCUGGUGGACGUGGAGGGGACUGUAUGUAGGAGGCUGAGAGCAGGUAUGGGGCGCAGACAACUAUCACAAACAUGUGACUCUGGAAUGCCCCAGAACAAAGUGGGAACCAUGGGCAGCAGUGGUGCUUCUUCACACACAAGGGUCACAUUCUGCCCUCCCCCUUCGUCACGCUCACAUGUGACUCGUGUGCUGGAGGGUGGAGAGAGGGGGAGGUUGGGUAUGCCUUUAACUUAUUUACUAUGCGUCUUCUCACACCACUGUUGUAACCACAAAGCCAUUUGGUUUGACUGCUGCCAUUUUGAUUUAGAUUGUUUAUGUGUGCAGUUCUGUGUAUUUGCACAAGUUUUGAAUGCCCACUUUUGGGGGGUGGGGGGGGUGGGGGGGUGUUGCUAACAUUUCAGUAAUUUGUAAGUCUAUUGUACAAUGACAAUUUAUUUUUCUCACAACUGACAAUCAGAGGUAAAGCACUCUCAUUCUUUCAUAGGUCAACAGGUGUCUUAUCAAUGUCAAAGUCAACAUGUUGCGUGUGUGUGUGUGUGUGUGUGUAUAUACCGGUAUACAUAUCUUAACUGUUAUUAAAUGUAAGAUGCUUACUUAACAUGUCUUUGGGGGGUCGUAUACGGUCGCUCAUCUCAAUGGUAGCACAGUGUGGCGGGACUUUAACUUAGUUGGUGUUGUUUCAACUCAUUGUUGAUGUUCUGCCUUGCUUGGCCCUCACAGGCUCUCUGAAAAAUAACCUCAAAACCCAGAUUAUUUACGGACAGGGAUGCAUAAAAACAGGCUAGUAUGGAAUUUAUAUUAUACCGUUCAUCGGUUUAUAUCAAUGGUCUAAAAUAAAUAUACAAAAUUAAAUAGUGGCUUUAGAAGCAGUUCUUAGAGGUUUUUAUUGUUGAAAGAUGAGAUGAAGUAUGAAAGAACAGAAAGUGCAUCUCACUGCACAAACCUAAUCAGGGUUAAAUGUCACUCACACUAGGCCCGCCCAUGCGUUCUGUUCCCCUAUUGGACCUUACCGUUCACACUAGGCCCGCCCAUGCGUUCUGUUCCCCUAUUGGACAUCACCGUUCACACUAGGCCCGCCCAUGCGUUCUGUUCCCCAAUCAGACAUCACCGUUCGCACUAGGCCCGCCCAUGCGUUCUGUUCCCCAAUCAGACAUUACCGGUCACACACCGGAGUGCCAGAGGAUCUUGGUUUUCUCGUGUUACAAGGUCCUGAGAAAGGCUUGUGUUGUAAUGUUAUUGAUUCACCUGUUCUAUCUUUAGACCUUACUUAAUUUAAACAGGGCUCCUCUGCACUGCUAUCUGAUCAGCUGAUCUUGUGCUUCUCAAACAUGUAGACAUGCGUUUUGCACUUAGUCUCAGCGGCCUGGCUAUGAUUACAGUUAGAAUUCAGUUUAAGCCUAUGGCUUGGAGUUUAAUGUAGCAUUUCAGGUACAUUUCGGAUGUAAUUGCCAUAUAUGUUUGGAGAACAACAGGGGUUAAAUCUAGAUUGUAGCCUUGGAGCGUGGGACAUAGAAGACUCCUGAAAAUGACUCCCUGUGUCGAGUGUGGCUAUAAGACCUAUUGCAAAGAGCAGCGAUCUUAUCAAAAGACAAUAGCUUACGACCCGGGACUAAUGAGUAUGCAAAAACCGUACAUAUGAAUCAGUAGCAUAUUUUAAUCAGCUUUCACAUAUUCUGAUUUUUUCAAAUUCAAUCAAAUCAGAUACAAAUACAAUAUAAAGUGCUUUCAUUACAAUAGGAGAAGAUGAAUCUAAUAAAAAUUAUUACAAAAUCGUCAUCCCCAAAUCAGAUCGAUCACUACAAACUGAAGUCUAAUGUUGCCAUCAGCCAUGUCAUACAACUUACAGUUUCAAGACAUCUAAAGCAUAAACCAACCCGUGAUUGUCUAGAUAUAUUUAAUCAGUUAUUUUAAAUUUAUUCAUAUAGUAACAGGUUCUGUUCAAUUGCCAUCGAUGUAGUCAAUUAGUUUUGUUCUUCUUUCAUUGGCAUGGCCAGGACAAAAAUAAAGCUGCAAAUGCAGGUUGGCACAAUUAUAGGAAGUUGGUGUUGGUCAAACCCUCAAUCCUAUUUUCCAGCGUCUUGUCAUGGCUUUGCAAAAUAAUCAUACUUUUCAGCCAAAUUAAGUAUAUUAUGUGCAUGUAAAAAUAAUAAGAGAGCAACUAAUAAAUUAAAGAGAAUUCCCUUGAGAAGUAAAACCAUAUCAUUAUAGUUUUUUUUGAAAGGUUAAUACAAAUGUGUAGGGACUUAUUAUCCACAAUAUAAAAAUAGAAAAUAUAUGUGAUAGAAUACACAUAUAAUAUAAAAGCCAUAGCAAAUGCGAUAUAAAGUAAAACAGACCUGAUUUAAAAAAAACUAUUUGAAGUAACAAGUACUAAAUAAUAUGGUUCAUGCAGACCCAGAGAUGUCUGCCACCCGUUCAGUUAUUGUACCUUGACGAUACAGAUUGCAGACCAAAAG